GAUAAAGGAAGUGCUGGUCACUCUGGAGACGGGUGAGUUUGGGGAAGGCUCGCACCCUCCCUUAGUCUUCUGAAGGAGCCUGAUCCUCGCUCUCUGGGUGUCUCCCGACUCCCCAAGGAGGCACCUCCUAGGGCCUCCCUCUGGCCUUGACUGAGCUGCUGAUGCCUCCUCCCCGGGGAGGAGAGUGAGACAAUGGGUCUGUUCCUGCUGCUGUCUCUGCUGCUGCUGCCGUCACGUCUGCAGGCUGGUAGAUCAGCAGAGUGUGAUUCAACUAACUACGGAAUCAACCAACCAGACCGCCUCUCAGCCCCCGAGGGUGGCUCCGUCCGCAUCCCUUUCGCCUUCUAUCACGACUGGGACUUAGCCCCGGAUCCCAGAGUGAGUGUAGCCUUGAGACGGACACACUUCCAUGGGCCGGUCAUCUACAACAGUACUCAGCCUUUCAUCCAUAAGGACUACAGGAACCGGAUCUCCCUUGAAUUAUCACCGGGUCGGAGGUUGGGCUCCCUGCAGAUAUCGAACCUGCAGGAGAAGGAUGGGAAUUUGUACUUUUGCCGGAUCCAAGUGGAAACAUUAAGAUGCGGCAAGAGGGUGUGUCAGGCCCUCAACGGGACCAAACUCACCAUCACCCCCGCUCUCGAGAUGACCACCACGGCCCCCACGACCGCUGCCCCCAUGACCACUGCCCCCACCAGUGGUGUCUUGGAAGGCAACUGGAGCUCAGCACCUUCAAUGGGUGUAGGACCUAUGGUCAUAGUUACACUGGCUGACAUUGUGCUCAAAAUUGCAAUUUUGGGACUGAUACUCUACCUCAGAUGGAAGAGGAGCAAAGAAAAGGAUGAGAAGGCGGAUGGCAGAGGCUGCUGUCCUCGGGCACUCAGGCUUCUAGCUUCCUGCUCACUGUCCUAGCUACUGGCUUCUGUCCUGAAGGUUGCCUCGUGAUCCAAGAUGGCUGCUUGGAGUCCAGCCAUCAUUUCUGAAUCCAGGCAGGAAACAGGAGGAAGGAAAAAGGACAAAAAGACCAUGCUCGGCUGUUUGUCCUUUACUCAGUCUUCCUGAAAAUCGUAUCCACAACUUCCCCUUGAAUCAUAUUGGCGAGGAUGCAGUCAUAUUCCCCACAUCUGUCAGUAGGGGAGCACGCUGCCACCCCAAAUAAAACCAAGGUUCUGUAACUGAGUAGAAAGAAAUCAAUGGAAAUUGGGUAAGCAAAGAGCGUCCGCUGUUAUAGGCCUCAUCCGGAAUUAGAGAUGCGUCAGCUAAGUGUGGCCUAAGGACAGGGGAACAGAACAGGUCAAGGAGCUCGUGAGAGGGGGAAUGCAGAGGAGAGGGUCAGCAGGGAGCUUGGACAGCCGGAAAGAAAGUGGAUUAUUAAGGGACAAGAGUUCACGGGGUCAAAGCGCAGGCAUAGCCAGCAGGAUGAUAACAGGAGAAAGCUGGAAGGAAAGAAAGUUGUAGCAGAAAAAUGAUGCUGGCGUUUAAUAUUGCGGAGUUCUCAGUCCCAGGGAUUAAAAAAAAAAAAAAAAAAGUCCAGGGUAUGGUGGGAUAGAGGGUCCUGGAGUUUGGGAGAUGUAGGACUCCCGUGUGUCCAGAGGAUUGUCUCCGAGGAUGGUGGGACCACCUAGAUGGUGUUGGGCGGUGGAGGGCAUGUCUGUGAUGCAGGGGCCAAUCCUUGGGAAAUGCUGCAAAGAGACUCUGGAGGAGGAGGAGGGAAGGGGUUGGUGGGGAGACUGGCGGGGUUCAGGGGCGGAGGGUGGACAGGAACGGGCCGCAGCUCAGAACCGGUUCCCAGCCAUGAGGCUCACAAGGCAGGAGAGAAACAGCUGCCCUUCCCCGUCCACAGUCUCACCCCCUUCUCCUUCCUUCUGGCCAGGAUGAAGCCCAGGACGACAACCCCAGCCUCUAUGCCUCCCUCACCUUCCCCAGCUCCUC